AUGAGAUAUCUUUCGUUCGAAGCGGCGAUCCUCUUUGCAGGAUGCUUACUACCACGCUCCAGCGAUGCGUAUGACCUCGUCCGCAGGCGGGAAGCAGCAAAUGCGACAUACAAAAACCCUUCCGCAUCAGUCGAUGCCAGGGUCGCGGACCUCCUCUCACGCAUGACCAUUGAGGAAAAGACAUCUCAGCUCAUUCAAGGCGACCUGGUGAACUGGAUCAACAUCACCACAAAUGCCUUCAACAGCUCAGGUCUGGCAUGGAAUUUCAAGGUUCGCGCAGGCCAGUUCUAUGUCGGACACGCAAUUCCACCAGACUGGCUCAUCAGCGGUAUCAAGACUGGUCAGGAUUACCUUUUGCAUAACACAACGCUAGGCAUUCCCGCCUUGACCCAGACUGAGGGUAUCCAUGGACUGCUGGUUGGAAACGCGACAAUCUUCAACAGCCCUAUCGCGCAUGCUUGUUCGUGGAAUCCAGAUCUCAUUCACGACAUGGCCGUUAUCAUCGGAAAAGAAUCCCAGAGCCUCGGCAUCAAUCAGGUGUUCGCUCCGGUAGUCGACUUGGCACGUGAGCUGCGCUACGGAAGAGUGGAAGAGACAUACGGUGAAGAUCACUUUCUAGCUGGAGAGAUGGGGUAUCAGUAUGUCAAAGGAGUGCAAAGCGUGAAUGUUAGUGCUACCGUGAAGCACUUCGCCGGUUUCAGUGCACCGGAGCAAGGCAUCAACACCGGUCCGGUCCAUGGCGGAGAACGUGAACUGCGCACAACAUGGCUGCCGUCUUUCAAACGUGCCAUCAUCGACGCUGGUGCUUGGAGCAUCAUGGGCGCGUACCACUCCUUCGACGGAAUCCCCUCGAUUGCCGAUGAUCAUCUACAAGAGACUAUCUUGCGCAAAGAGUGGGGCUAUGAAUACUGGAUCACCUCAGAUGCUGGCGCCACAGAUCGCUUGUGCUGCAAUUUUAAACUUUGCCAGUGCAAGACAGCUGAUAAACCUAUCGACAAAGAGGCAGUGACUCUGAUGACACUUCCUAACGGUAACGAUGUGGAAAUGGGUGGCGGUUCAUACAAUUAUGAGUUGAUUCCUCAGCUGGUCGAAGAAGGAAAGCUGGAUUUGGAAGUCGUCAACAGAGCUGUUGCACGUCAGCUUCGUGCCAAGUUCCAGAUGGGCCUUUUCGAGAACCCUUACCAAGGUCUGUCGCCGAACGAAACGAAUACCAUCAUGCAUGCUGAAGAGCAUGUGGAGCUCGCCCGAAAGAUCGAAGCCGAAUCCGUCGUUCUUCUCGAGAACAAGAACAGCACUUUGCCACUACCGAAGUCUGCCAAAGUUGCUGUUAUUGGUCCCAUGGGCAAUAUCACGAACCUAGGCGACUACGUCGUGUACCGCUCUCAAUACAACCCUUCAAAUGUUACACCUCUUCAAGGGAUUCAGAAUGUAUCGACGGGGACUGUCACUUAUGCACAAGGUUGCGAACGCUGGUCGAACGACCAGUCCGGCUUUCCGGAAGCCAUUGCUGCUGCCCAAGCAGCAGAUGUCGCAGUCGUCGUAGUUGGCACAUGGUCACGUGACCAGGGCGAGCUCUGGCGGGGCCUGAACGCCACGACAGGCGAGCACGUUGAUGUCGCAUCGCUGAACUUAGUCGGUGCUAUGGGUCCACUCGUGCAAGCCAUCAUCGAGACAGGCAAACCUACCGUCGUUGUAUACUCUUCUGGCAAGCCAAUAACCGAGCCUUGGAUCUCCGAAAAGGCCGCAGCACUCGUCCAACAAUUCUACCCCGGCGAGCAGGGUGGAAGUGCAUUGGCUGACAUCUUGUUCGGCAAUGUAAACCCCUCCGGGAAGUUGUCAGUGUCUUUCCCAUACGAUGUCGGUACGUUGCCGAUAUACUACGACUACCUGAACUCUGGACGAUAUACCGACCCUGGCGCGAUCUUGCCAAACGGAACGCUGCAGUUCGGACACCAGUACGUACUCAACACACCUCAGCCGCUAUACGAGUUUGGCUACGGGCUCUCAUACGCCAACUUCACGUACUCGAACGUCACUUUGUCCAAGACUGAAGUGAGCGCAAACGAGGUCAUCACCGCAACAGUGAGCGUCACAAACAAAUCUCCGGUAGAUGGUAAGGAAGUAAUCCAGGCUUACGUUCAGGAUGUGUUGGCUAGUGUAGUUGUGCCCAAUAUCGAGCUGAAAGGGUUCAAGAAGGUACUGGUGAAGGCUGGUGAAACGGUUGAUGUGAGCAUCGAGCUGGAUGUUGGGAAGUGGGGACUGUGGAAUAGAAAAUUUCAGUAUGUGGUUGAGAAGGGAGAUUUUGUGGUGCAUCUUGGUAGCUCUUCCAAGGAUUUGAGGGCGAAUGGUACGGUGACGGUCGUCCCGUUGAACCAACCUCCCAACCCUGACGAAGAUCUCGACUACCCCGAGGAUGACGGGCUGUUCGACGAAAUAUACCUGAGUGACGAUGACCUGGCUGGCAUUUCUCACAGUAAGAAGACUCAUCUAGCUGUUAACCCCAAAUACGCACAAACCUGGACUCGGGAACAUGGCUUCCGAGAGCUCGUGCAGAACUGGAGAGACGGUAUUCUACGGACAAACAGCUUGACGAUCGAUCUGUUUCGAGACAACCUAAAAGUCUCCCGCGAUGCAGGUCUUGUGCUAGUCUUGAGCUUCCAUCCGCAAAACACAAACGACUCAUCUAAGCUGCUAGGUUUCAUUCGCUUCAAAUACGACAGGAAUUCUCUGGAGGGUGUAUUGACGAUGAGUAAUUUCAAGGCUCGCCUCCAACGAUGGCACUUGUCGUUCGGCGGCUCAUCUAAGGAUAAAGACAGCUCGCAGAGUGGCCAGCAUGGAGAAGGCAUGAAGAUGGCUGUCUUGACAUUCCGCAGGCAUCCUCACUGUCAUAAUGUGCGCAUUGAAGCUUCUAGCUUUAAAUGGAGCUUCAACUUCGAUAAAGAGCGACGGCUGAUUUGCAACAUGAGACGCAUUGACAGGGACAUAAUUAACGAAGAAAAAAGAGCUGCUGCUAGGCAGCCACGGACUGUAGAGGGGCAUAUCUGGGAGGAUGUCACUGUCAUUUUGGGCGAGAUCAAGCAAUGUCGAAGCGAAGAUGGCGUGCAAGAAAAGGGUAGGAAGAUUCAUCUCCACGACUUCGACCAGUGGCUCAAAGUCUUGCUUGAUUUCAGCAAUCCCGACUCCGUCCGCACAAGUGCCGGUGAUCUUAUCCUUGAUCAAGCGUAUGCAAACAAGUUGUAUCUUCGGGGCCUGCAUCUUCCCUCAAGCAAUGCGGCAGGGAAAAACUACCGCUACGGCUACAACUUCUCGAAUGGGUAUACCGACCGCGAUCGGCGGGCGGUUGGGACAGGGGGUGAAGCCUUUCAUGAGUCCGCUCUUGUCAAUAAAAUCUGGGCCACUGUACUUCGGACGAAGAAAACAGAGUAUAUCGACGUCUACACCAAAAUGGUCUUGUAUGAACUCGAGAACGUUGCCGACGUCAGACUUGUUGUCAGAGGGAGGUGGAUUGAUGGAGAUAUUGUUCGCAUGAUGUGGGAGCAUAUGAACACAAUCAACACCAAUGAUCAGGGUCAAUCAGCAUUUUACCAUGCCCCUGAUUUAAGCAAAGACGGCGUCAAAAUUAUCACAACAAUCCUCAAUCUGCAUCCAUACCCUGUUCCUGCAGAAAUGUGGGAGAUGCUUCGUGACUAUAAACUUUGCCGAACACCCUACGAAGAGCAGGAGCACCGCUUUACUGCCAUGGAAUUGGCCGAUAUCCCACGUACGCCAUUCGCUACAAACCUACAUUGGAUGCUUGAAUCGUGUCUGCUAGCUCACCCAAAAACUAAGAGCCUAACUCUAGCCUUUGUUCAAGAGCGAGGACUAGGUAUUGAUGUUGCACUAUGUGCUUCGACCCUGAAAGUCAGCGAUAGAUACCUGUGCUUCAACACUUCGCACGCCUAUGCACCUUGUGGUGAAAUAGAACCGAGCGAAACGAGCCCUUUCGCCUGCGAACAUAUUGUCCUUCAGCUGUGGGAUAAUAUCCUAUCGCUACUCUCAGCCAAUCCAGAGUCAGAAACCUCGGCGAAAGAAGAACAUCAGCUCAAGAGUAUGGUUGGAAAACGGUUGGCGCAGAUGCCGAGAAAUGUCAAGUGCAGACAGACAUGCCGUCGAGGAGAGCUUUCAGUGUCCUGGGAAUCCAACGAGGCUGUACGUCAAGCCAAGCAACCAGUGACUGUUGUUGCACAUGUUGCUAGCUGCAACCGCUCCCGCUCACCUUUUAUCAUCGAGGACGAGCUUUCUGAAGAAGCAGGGUGUGGUUGUCCCCAGAUGAUGUCUUGCGUCCAUAGUAGCGGAGUCACCUUCUCUGGUCUCUCCACUGAUGAACAAUAUAGCGCCACAUUGGCUAGGGCCCUGGAGGGUUCAUUCUUCAGCUUACCGGCCGACUUGCAGACACCUGCAUCUGAAAACACCGAAGUCAUGGAAGUCGUCGAAGUUGACGACGACGAUGAAGAACUAGACGCGUCCGGUCCAGAGUUACAUAGGGAGCCUAUAGUUUCUCCAAGCCCGCGUAAGACAGUAUUGGGGAGUGUUAAUCGCCUGGCAUCCAUUCAGAGAGAACAGCUAGGUGUGCUUUUCGGUGCAAUUCCCCGUACGCCUGCAUUCUCUGCCCAGGGUUACGUCCCUGGUGCGAAAAUCGCACACGGGUCCCUUGACUGGGGCGGCAGCUUUCCUGGGAGUCACGACUUCUACCGUACCCGCGACAGAUCGGAUGAGGAUAUAUUCAUCCUAAAGCCCAAAUCACAGCCUCUUAACGAGAAUGGCAAACUAACGAAGAUGACGGGGCGUCGAUCUUCCUUACCAGGACGCGAUGACGCCUUGAGUGGGCAUUUGGGCCCACUUCCUUAUUGUAGUUCUUCUGAAAUCGUUCCUGUCCCUAGGGAAGAGAUCGCGGGAAUGAAGCGGUGUGGGCUUGAAGGCUUCUUGUAG